AGCGCAGCGCGCGCGGUGCACACAGGGCGCCACCACUUGAUCAUUCAUAUCGUCAAAGUAGGUCAACACCGGCGAAGUAUUGUAGAACAUGUUGUCUGUAGCACGAAGGUCUCACUCGAAAUGGGCAAGCAUUCUUCGAGUGACUGCCAGCUCUUGUAUGUUGGCACCGGAGGGCGUCCCACGGCGUCAGCUGGCUGAGACAGGACAGUGCCUCGUCUACAAUCAGCCCCUUUCUGGGACUGACGUUCCUCGAUCAGGGGGUAUAGCAACCAUGUUUAGACUUCCGUAUCAGAAGACUGCUGAAGGUCUGGAUGCAUGUUUUGUGGGUAUCCCAUUGGAUAUUGGAACCUCCAACAGAUCAGGAACCAGGCUGGGCCCAAGACAGAUCAGGACCGAGUCAUGCCUAAUCAGAUCCUGCAACAGCCUAGGUGCAGCACCCUAUGAAAGUCUGCAGGUUGCCGACAUUGGAGACGUCAGCAUUAACCUCUAUGACUUGAAGAAAGCUGUGUGCAUGAUUAAGGAAGCCUAUUCCAAGAUUCUGUUGACUGGCUGUAAACCCUUGACUCUUGGUGGGGACCACACGCUGUCUUAUCCAGUGCUGCAGGCAAUUAAGGGGAAGCAUGGCAGAGUGGGCCUGGUGCAUGUGGAUGCCCACGGCGACACAUCAGAUGAGAUGCUUGGAGAGAAAAUUGCUCACGGGACACCCUUCCGCCGAGCAAUUGAAGAAGAUCUGGUCGACCCCAAGAAGAUGAUCCAGAUUGGUUUGAGGGGACCUCAGUAUACCCCGGAUGACCAUGAGUGGCAGAAAAACCAGGGAGUGCGCACUGUCCGUGUUGAAGAGUGCCACCACAAGUCACUCAACCCUCUCAUGUCAGAGGUCAGACAGAUGAUGGGAGACAUCCCUGUAUACAUCAGCUUUGAUAUUGAUGGCAUAGAUCCAGGUUUUGCUCCAGGAACAGGAACCCCAGAAGUUGGCGGGCUGACCCCAAUACAGGGAAUGGAGAUCAUUCGGGGCUGUCGCGGACUGAACGUCAUCGGAGGGGAUCUGGUUGAAGUGUCGCCACCCUACGACCCGUUUGGCACCACGGCUCUGCUGGGUGCCAACCUGCUGUUUGAGAUGCUGUGUGUGCUGCCUGGCGUCAAGUACCCGACCAAAUGAGCAAAGUGUAGCUGUGUGGUAGCCUACUAACUGGACUGGUUGCUACAUGCUGAUUGGCUAAUGGGAAUUGAAGCAACUAAUCCGCCAUCUUGGAUCCCCAAAACGUUACUCCGGGACUUUAAUGUACAUCGUUCUGCAGUUCAGGUUUUUACCACUUAAAACAAUUCCCAAAAUAAUAUUUUAUUUAAUGCUUAUCAGUCCUGUAAGACUAUAAAAAAGUAAAAAAAACCCAUAAUUUCUUGUCUGCAUUAAAGUUUCAAUGUGGUUUUUAAUAAUGCCAACUGAUACAUCAAAUGAAUAUUUUAGUAAUUAAGUCGAUUAUUAUAAUUAAGUCGAACUCACCUUUAAAAAAGUUGAAGCUGUUGUAAAUUCUGAAACAUAUACAAGCUCCUGCCAGAGCUUAAACAAAAGUAAAAGAAAAAAACUUAAUUUCUUGUCUUUUUGAUAGUACCAAUGUGUUUUUUAAUAAUUCCAACUGGUACAUCAAAUGAUUAUUUAAGUAAUAAAAAUUUAAGUCGAACUCACCAUUAAAAAAAAUUGAAGCUCUUGUAAAUUCUGUGCAAUACUGAUUUAAUAGAUAAGAUAUUACGUAUACAAAACCACCACAAGAAUAUUUGUAAUAUGUAAAAUGACAAUAUUUAUCAGAAAUGAAUUUUGUUAUACAGUCUA